CGAACUGGAAAGAGGCACCGAGGAAGAGAAGACGAAGAAGAAGGCGACCAUGUUGAUUUAAAGGAAGAAGAAACACAAUAGAGGAGAUUUAUUUCAAGUAAAAAUCAGUUCAUAAAGCGAAUUGUAAAAGAAGUAGUUGAUCAACUGCACACCAAAUAUACCUUAUAGAAAUAACAGAGAAACUAAGGUUACAGGUUUGAGUUGUUGGCUGACUUUGAGGAGGUAGCGGGUUGAUCGCAGCCGCACUCGCACACACUUCACACACCAACCCGAAGACCGGCGGUGUCGUGGAGAGAGGGCUGAACACCCAGAGGAGAAGGGAAACGCACACUGAGGACUCAAAAGGGGUGAAAAGCUGUUUGGCUUUGGACUAGAAACCCCGUUUGUAUUUGUGAAUCCAGGAUUCUUUUCACGCAGUGGAGCGACAUAUCCACACACAGUGGAACCAAACGUAGAGCAUCACAGACUAUAUGUUAUUGGCGGAAAACGUGUACAAAGUUGGAUAUCCUUUUUUUGGAAGAACAGGGAUAUUGAGCAAAUCUAUGGACUCAAAGUGGAAAGAAGAAAUGCUCAAUUUAGAAACAGAAAUUUAAGCAUUGAACUAAGAUUAUAUCGAAGAGGCUGUUCCCCAAGUUCAGAUUGCCUUAGUUGUUCUAUUUCAGGACUUGGACCGCUUUUGAUACUUGUUCACAUAUAAUUUUUCUAUAUUGUGGGCAAGUAUAUACAUGCAUAUGGAUGCAAAUUUCUCUUCAUUUUGAAGAGCUCUUGUGUAAAAACGUUUUUUUUUUUUUGUUCCUGUACGUCAGUCACUCUUGUUGAAGGGGACCGAACUACACGUACAUGUGUAUAUGUAAAUACUACCAAUUGACUUCAGUUGUGAAAGCUUUGGACUUAAAAAGAAUAGAGAAUAUUGUUUGUUAAUGCUUUAUUAAACUUUUUUACUUUUAAAGAGAAUUUUUAAAAAGAAAAACCUAAGAGGCAAAAAUCUAAUACUUUUGAAUAAAAAGAAAAGGACAACGGGACAAAAUGGCCACCGCCAGAACAGAAAACGUUGGCCCCGUCAUCAUGGGACUGAACAAGCAGAACGGGCAGCUCAGAGGACAGACCAAACCCGCUUCAGUCCAGCCAGCACCCACAACUCAAGCAAAGGCUUUGGGUGCAGCCAAGCUAGCAGGUGGUGCUGCUCAGGACGGAGGAGGCAUCAAGUUUGGAGACGACUGGAAAAAAAGCCUAAAGCUCCCACCCAGAGACAACCGGGUCAAAACCUCAGAUGUCACGUCCACCAAGGGGAAUGAGUUUGAAGAUUACUGUCUCAAAAGGGAACUCCUGAUGGGCAUCUUUGAGAUGGGUUGGGAGAAACCUUCCCCUAUCCAGGAGGAGAGCAUUCCCAUCGCGCUGUCCGGACGGGAUAUUCUGGCUCGGGCUAAGAACGGAACAGGGAAAAGUGGAGCCUAUCUCAUCCCACUGCUGGAGAGAAUAGACCUGAAAAAGAACCACAUACAAGCACUUGUCAUGGUGCCCACCCGUGAGCUGGCUCUGCAAGUGAGCCAGAUCUCCAUCCAGAUCAGCAAACACCUGGGUGGAGUCAAAGUCAUGGCCACCACCGGGGGCACCAACCUGCGGGAUGACAUCAUGCGCCUGGAUGAAACCGUGCAUGUUGUCAUUGCAACGCCUGGUAGGAUCCUGGACUUGAUAAAGAAGGGAGUGGCCAAGGUGGAUAGAGUCCAGAUCAUGGUGAUGGAUGAGGCCGACAAGCUGCUGUCUCAGGAUUUUGUGGUGCUCAUCGAGGAUAUCAUCAGCUUCCUGGCCAAGAACAGGCAGAUCCUGCUCUACUCUGCGACCUUCCCCAUCAGCGUGCAGAAGUUCAUGGCCAAGCAUCUCCAGAAACCCUACGAGAUCAACCUGAUGGAGGAGCUGACUCUGAAGGGAAUUACUCAAUACUACGCCUACGUCACAGAGAGGCAGAAAGUCCACUGCCUAAACACACUUUUUUCCAGGCUUCAGAUAAACCAGUCGAUUAUCUUCUGUAACUCCACCCAAAGGGUGGAGCUUUUGGCCAAGAAGAUCACUCAGCUGGGCUACUCCUGCUUCUACAUCCACGCCAAGAUGAUGCAGGAAUACAGAAACCGUGUGUUUCACGACUUCAGAAAUGGACUGUGCAGAAACCUGGUCUGCACUGAUCUCUUCACCAGGGGCAUCGAUAUCCAGGCUGUCAACGUAGUCAUAAACUUUGACUUCCCCAAGAAUGCCGAGACUUACCUCCAUCGUAUUGGAAGAUCAGGGAGGUUUGGUCACCUGGGCUUGGCCAUCAACCUGAUCACAUCAGAGGACCGCUUCAACCUGAAAGCCAUCGAGGACCAGCUGGUGACCGACAUCAAGCCCAUUCCCAGCAGCAUCGACAAGAGCCUCUACGUGGCCGAGUUCCACACGUCCGGCGCCGACUGCGACGUGGAGGAGAUCGAGGAGAAGCCAACAGGGCGCCAACAGGACAGCACCUAAACCAGGACGCUGCAGGCUUUUGCACAGAUCAUCGUUCACAGGCAACUCUUCAGUUCCAUUUUUCUCCCACAGCCGGUCAAAUGGACGUGGAGGCAGUUUGUUUUUUCCUCAAGCAUUUUCUUAUCUUUGCUCAGAGAGCUGCCUCAUUCUUUUUUUUUUUUUUUUUUCUUCAUAUUUAAUGAAAACACCAUAUGGUUUUGCACCAACCUCCAAUUGACCCAUGCAUCCUUCGUACGAGCAUAGCGUUGAUUUCCUCCAAGUUCUCUUGGAGACAACCGCAAGGCCGAAUAUCAAAGCUGUUCUGAAGCGGUCCUUCUCUGAGACGGUUGUCAUGGUUGCCCUCUGAAAGACGCUACAACGGCGCAAUCCCACCCGCCACCUCGCAACACACGUCACUCAAGUGCCUUACUUACUCCCAUGAGCACUCAUCCAUUCAUAGCCUGCUGUCUCCUGUCAUGCAGCAGAGUACGAGCACAAAUAUGCGCAACAUAUACCCAAGUUUAUUUAAACAUCCGUUAUGCAAGGGACAAAGACCACAGAUGAAUUUGAACGUUUUAUUUCUAUUGAGAACGUUGCAAUAAAAAAGGGCAGCUUUAUUUAAAUACUGCGUGACUGUUUUUCCCCUUUCGCUAUGAAUAAUACCUGAGCAGAGUUAAAAGGACGAGACUGCUUGAGACCCCCCCGCCCCCCCAGACGCCUUCUGUACUGCCAACCGCUCGGGCCUCUGUAGUUGUGGGACCGCUUUCCCCUCCGGCAUCAGAACAGCUUUGAUACCCGCGUCUGACGAAUUGAUUCCGACGGAUAAACCGUUUAUGUGGAAAUUGGUGCAAAACAAGUUUUUAAUUUCCUCUUUUCGUCUUUUUUACUCCUUCAGACUGUUCUUUUGUGUGGAAAUAGAAAGUUAGAAUUAUUUACAGGCAUUUUUUUUUCCGCCCGAAUAUUGAGGUCAAACUUUCUUUUUAAGCCCCGUUGUGACCAAAUGGAAGUUGGUGGAUGUAUCGGUUGUCUGUAUGUGGAUACUCUCCAGCCCUGAGGUUGAAUGUUAAGCUCUUGAGUGGAUUUGCUGCCGCUGCACCAGGACUCGUCUUCAGGUCUGUCCUUUGUGACGCGUUCUGCUGGUAAAGGACUACAUUCACCUUCAAUUGAAACUGAGUCAGCGGUCUCUCUGCGGCAGCAGCAGCGACAUCUUCUAUUCUUUCUUUCUUGUUCUUCUUUGUUUCUCCAGCACACCUGUGUUUUAGGUCGGGGGGUGUCUGUGUGUUUUUGAAAGCAAAAUUGUAGCAUCUCUGAACAGGCAGCUGUGACUUCUUUGUUUUUGUCCUCUCCUUUACAACGACAAAACGCAACAUAAAAAGAUUAUUUUUGCUUUUUUAAGA